AUGGCAUCUUCAACAGCUACCUCUGAAUCCAUAGACCAUUCCACUAUUGAUAAUUUGGCAAAAAACCAAGAGUAUGUCCCUACCCCUUUUGCAAUCCAAUCUAUCAAUGCUAGGGAUGACCUUCCUUCAACAUUGCUACAAGUUUUGUCAUUUCAGAAAAUGCAGAACAACACAGAUGAUACUGACAGACAUAAAUUAGUGUUAUCUGAUGGAAAAUACAUGCAGUUGGCAAUCUUGCCUUCUAAAUAUGCUACUCUGAUAGAUUCAGAUAUUCUAAAAAUAGGCACAAUAGUCCAGUUAUCGAGCUAUACAUGCCAAUACAUAUGGAACACAAGGACUAUCAUAAUACUUAGUCUAGAAGUGAAACAAAGUGUUUGCCCAUUCUUUGGAAAACCAGAAUAUCUAUUCAAAGAACAACAACCAAAAAUUAUGUCUGAGGACAAACCAUCAACAUCUAAACGGUCGCUUCAGUUUGCAACUGAAUUGCCAUCCCCACAAGCAACAACUUCUGAAAAUAUAAGUCCUAUAAAAACUUUGAAUCCAUACCAAAAUAAAUGGACAAUCAAAGGGAAAGUUACUCAUAAAUGGCCUAUUAAGGCAUAUAGCACAGCCACCAAAAAUGGCCAUGUCUUUAGCUUUGACAUUGUUGAUUGUGAUGGUUCUGAAAUUCGAAUUACAUGUUUUGAUGAGAUAGCUAAGUUACACUAUAACCAUGUGGACUUAGGUUCACAUUAUAUUAUUUCAAAAGGAUCUGUUGAGGAGGCAAAUGCAAGGUACAACAAACUAAACAGUCAUUUAGAAAUCACCUUGUCUAAUAUAUCCAUAGUAAAACGUUGCACCAACGAAGAACAAGCAGAUCAACAAACUGCUCCUUUCACACCUAUUGGUGAAUUGUUUCAACUAACAAACAGUACACUGGUUGACGUUAUUGGUCUUGUUCUAUAUGUUGGAGAUAUCAUUCCUAUUCACAGGAAAGAUGGCAGUCAAACACAAAAACGUGUCGUGAAAAUUAAUGAUCUAUCUGGUUCAACAAUUGACAUCAACUUAUGGGGCCCAAUAGCAGAACAAAAGGGCCUGGAAUUGAAAAAUAUGUUGACCAAUGAUAGUGUGGUAAUCCUUGCUUUACGUAAUGCUCAUGUUGGCUAUUUCAAUGGCAAGCUUGUAAACAUAACAGUUGCAACAACAUUACAUAUCAACCCAAGUUUUCCAGAAGCAGACCUUCUAACAUCAAGAGGAAAGGACCCUUUGCUUGUUGUACCCUUUGUUGCAAAAACUAUCCACAUAGAUGGCAAAUAUACUAGAAUGACAAUCUCUUCGAUCCAUGAGUGGAUGAGCAUCAAACCAGAAACAAUUCAGACAACAUUGCUAGCUAUUUUACGCUAUGUCAACGUCAAUGACCAAAAUUUCUAUUACACAGCUUGCCCACUGAUAGUCAAUGGAAGGCCUUGCAAGAAAAAAUGUACACAGCAAGCUGAUGGUUCUUGGUUCUGCUCUAGAUGUCAAAUGAGUAUGCAAGACUAUAAUUAUAGUUACCUCUUGCGUCUAAAGUUGCAAGAUGCCAUAGGUACUCUAUGGGCCACUGCAUUUGAUGAGGGUGGCAAUCACUUGCUACACAAAACUGCAAGACAACUCUAUGCACUACAAAACGAUGCAGCAACAACAAAGACACCUUCCUCAGUAAUGAAGAGAGUAUUGUCACAUUACUAUUCAUUCACACUGCUGGUUUCUACUGAGACAUACAAUUCAGGAUCCAAGAUGAAAGUGACGGUCAAUAAAGUUGCUCCUGUUGACUUCAAAGCUGAGUGCCAUGCACUGCUUGCAUAA